GCUAGCUGCGGUCAUUGACGUCAGACGUGCAGACUCCGAUGAGAAUAAAGUUUCGCGACAAAGCAAUAAAAAAAUGACGGAAAUAUCACAUUAUCUACCGUAACAUCAACAUAAAUUCUUCAUGAUGUGGAACCCUUUAAAAUCUGGGAUGGAUGGCAUGUCGGCCGAAAAGAUGAAUGAAAUGAAGUUGAUGAACCUACAGGCCGAAGCACAGAUGUGGCAGCAGAUGCAGCAGAACCAACAGCAAUGGAUGGACCAUCAGAACCAACAGUACAACAACGACAUGAUGAAAUACCAGUCUGAAUACCAACGAUGGACGCAGCAAGAGCAAAGGUUCCAACAGACGGGGCAGGGCAUGCAGGGUCAGCAGCAGCAACAGCAGCACAUGCAGUCAAUGCAAGUUGAAGCCUUGUUGGCCUUGAGGAGUAGAAGAAAUGACUUCAACGACCAACUUCAAAACUGGGAGAGGCAAUUCAAGAAAUGGAAAGAAGAUCACAUGACCCAUCCAAAUAAAGACCAGUUUAAAACUUAUCUGGAACAAUGGAAAAGCUGGCAAACCAAAAUGGAAAAUUCUCUUCAGGAUAUUCAGCAGCAAAUUGUUGUGAAAGAAGACGAAAUGAAUUCAUUUGGAAUUCCUCUCCCAACUGAGACAUUGAAUAACAGAAGAGGCAGAGGAAAUGAGCAAGGUCAAGGAAUGGGACCAAGAGUGGGACCUGGCAUGGGUCAAGGAAUGGGCCAAGGGAUGGGUCCAGGAAUGGGUCCUGGAAUGGGUUCGGAAAUGUGUCCUGGUGAUGGUAUGAGUCAAAGCGUAGGUCCUAACAUGGGUCCAGGAAUAGGUCAAGGAAUGGGACCAGGAAUGGGUCAAGGCAUGGGCCCAGGAAUGGGUCAAGGAGUGGGACCAGGCAUGGGUCCAGGCAUGGGUCCAGGCAUGGGUCCAGGAAUGGGUCCAGGAAUGGGUCCAGGAAUGGGUCCAGGAAUGGGUCCAGAAAUGGGUCCAGGAAUGGGUCCAGGAAUGGGUCCAGGAAUGGGUCCAGGAAUGGGUCCAGGCAUGGGUCCAGGCAUGGGUCCAGAAAUGGGUCCAGGAAUGGGUCCAGGAAUGGGUCCAGGAAUGGGUCCAGGAAUGGGUCCAGGAAUGGGUCCAGGAAAUGGUCCAGGAAUGGGUCCAGGAAUGGGUCCAGGAAUGGGUCCAGGAAUGGGUCCAGGAAUGGGUCCUGGUGAUGGUAUGAAUCAACGAAUGGGACCUGGAUUUGGACCGAAAAAUAACUCGGAUUUUGGCCCAAGAGGUCCUAGGGGAAAUCAAGGUCAAAGUGGUCGUGAAAGCAGUGGUCAGAGAGAUCCAAGAAUGAGAGGUCGAGAGGAGUCAUUUCAAGGAGGUUCGGGACCAAUAGGUCACGAUGAUAUGGGUCCGGGGGCCACACGGGUUUACAAUGGACCUGGGCCAAGGGUUCCUGGUGGAAACGGACCAAGAGAUCCAAGAAAAAUGGGUUCCAGAGGUCCCCAAGUUUCAGGUCAGAGAGGCCCAAAUGAAAUGGAACCAAGGUUUCCAGAUGGAAUGAGAGGAAGGGGACCCGAAGAAAUGGGGCCCAGGGGUCCUGAUGGAAUGGGGCAUAGGGGUCUUGGUGGAUCAGGGCCAAGCGGUCCAGGUAGAAUGGGUCCUGAUGGUCCUGUUGGAAUGGGUUCUCGAGGUCAAGGUGGAAUGGGUGUAAGGGGUCCUGAGGGUAUGGGACCUAGAGUCUCUGGCGGUAUUGGACCCGCAGGUCCUAGUGGAAUGGGACCUGAAGGGGCUGGCAGAAUGGAACCUGGAAUUUCUGGUGGAAUGGGACCUAGAGGUACUGGUGGUAUUGGACUUGGAGGUCCUGGUGGAAUGGGACCUAGAGGUCCUGGUGGAAUGGGACCUGGAGACUCUGGUGGAAUGGGACCUGGAGUUCCUGGUGGAAUGGGACCCGGAGGUCCUAGGGGAAUGGGACCCGGAGGUCCUAGGGGAAUGGGACCUGGAGGUCCUAGGGGAAUGGGACCUGGAGGUCCUAGGGGAAUGGGACCUGGAGUUCCCAGAGGAAUCGGACCUGGAGAUUCUGGCGGAAUGGGACCUGGAGGACUUGAUGGAAUGAGACCUGGAGGUCCUGUUGGAAUGGGACCGGGCGGAAUGGGACCUGGAGGACCUGGUGAUAUGAUGGCAAGAGGUCCUGGUGGUAUGGGUCCGAGAGGCUCUGGAAACAUGGGUACACAAGGAAGUGGUUUAGGUGGGCAAGGUGUCGGCCAGUUUGGGCCUGGAAUGGAUCAGAGGGAAAUUGGUUCAAGAGAUCCCAGAAGACAUCCUGGACCAGUGGCACCCGAAGCACCAAGUUCAGGCAUGGGAGGCGAUCUAGGACGAGGGGUGGGAGACAUGGGCAGUCAAGAUCAGCAGAUGAUGAAUUUACAGAUGAGGGGUGAUCAUGCUAUGAAUAAACAAGGUGCUGGAAUGCAAGGCACUAACAUGGGGGGACAGCAGAUUCCACAUGGAAUGGGACCUGCACACAUGCAAACCAGCCAUACUGGUCUUGGUACAAGUGCACCUGAAAGCAAUGAACAUCAAGGAGUGCCGACACAUGGAAGAAAUUCCCAAGACUUUCCGCUCUUCGGAAAGAAAGAUGCGGACGAAAGAAAAGUCAAGGAGAAGAAAAGAUAUGAUGAGAUUGCUCCACCUGGUGUUGAUUUUUUCACACCACCAAAGAUCGGUCCACCACCAAAGAUAGUUCCAGAAGUGGAAGAGGCUGAGAAAGAUUUAAAAGCCAAGGAGGAAAGUUGUGAAGAGCCGGAUAAAAUAACAGCUUGGCCACCAGGUUCUGAGUCUGAUGGUGAAAAGAAAUCUGCUGCAACAAAAAAGUAUCCAUCUGUCAAAAAGGAUGCACCUAUUGUCAUUAAACCAAAGUUAGUCAGCAUGCAAGCCAUCAAAAAGGACCAAUCUUUGCCUGUCGUUAAAGAAAACGCAUCAAAGCUGUCAUCACUGAUGCCGAAGAAAGCAAGUGAAAUUAGUCAAGACAAAACUAACAAAGAGGAACAAGACCAAUCCUCAGGUGUUGCGCAAAACAAAGUAAUUGAUGUAGAUGUGGAUGAAGGACAGUCAGCGACUACCAAAACAGAUGAAACCAAAUCUGCUUUGAAGAAAGUAAUCAGUGCAGAAGUCAAGAAUAAAUACAACUUUCUGAAUCUUGGAGAGGAUUCACAGAAUACAGAGCAGUCAUAUGUGAAGAUGAACAGAAGGAAGGAUAACGCAGUCUUUCCACUUCGAAAUCGUGAUCGUUACCGCCGUAGGUCCAAAAGUAAAAGCAAGAGCCGAAGUAGGAGCACAAGUCCUGAUAAAAACAAAAGUCGUAAGAAAAGUCGAAGCAGAAGCAAAAGCAAGAGCAAGAACCCUAGUCGUAGCAGGGAUCGUAGUAGAAGUAGGAACCGAAGUCGCAGCAGGAACCGAAGUCGCAGCAAAAACAGAAGUCGCAGCAGGAACAGAAGUCGCAGCAAGAACAGAAGUCGGAGCAGGAACAGGAGUCCUAGAAAGAACAGCAGUCGUCGAAGCAGAAGUAGAAGCAGAGGUCGAGUUGGUGGCAGAAAUCGAAGUCGAGAUCGUAGCUUAGAGCGAUUUCGUUAUAGAGGUCGAGAUCAAGCUCGCUCUUAUCGCAAUGAGCGUGGUCGAGAUAGGAGUCCAUAUAGAGGUCCACCAAAACCUGACAAUCGUGACCGAAAAGAGUUACCCGAAAGACCAGAAAGACCGAGGGGGAGGCAGUCAAAUUUACCCAAAAGCUACAGGACCAACUCGCCCCGUAAAUCCCUAUCGCCAGUACCUCGUACCAGUCUGCCUCGUACCAGUCUGCCUCGUACUGAAGCUAGUACUUCAGGAGCUCCUACUGAAACAACACCCUCGACUGUUCAAGAGCUAAGUGACCUAGAACAUGAUAUCAUUCGAAAAGCUGCACAUGAUCUGAAGAUGAUUCGAGAGCAGCAGAGUAAACUCCUUCCUGCAGGAAUGGGAGGAGGUCCACCACUUUCAGAAAUGUCAUCGGGUGAUCGCCGCUCAAGUGAACCGAGAGGCCCACCAGAUACUCUUGAAAGAGAUAGACUCUUGGAGCGAGAGAUACCGGAUCGAGAUAGAGACGGCUGGCCCGGUCCGGACAGAUACAAACGCCCAGGCGAGGAGCCAAGAUUACAUUCAGUGGAACGACGUUACAGGGAUGAGGAACCCUUCCCACCAUUGUCCAAUCGAAGAGGCGGCUUUGGUGAACGGGGCGGCUUCUCGGAACGGGGUGGCAGGAGAGAUUUGGGUGGAUAUCCUGAUGAUCCCUACCACAUGGAUCCUUAUGACGAUGAACCCUAUAGGAAAAGAUCGACUGCCAGUUCGUGGGAGUACGAUGAGAGGGCUAGAUUGGAACGACUGCGAAACAUCGAGGAGAGAUUGGACAUGGAGCUUGGCAUUGACAGACGGAGGGCUUAUGAUAUAGAUCGGCGGGACCCUGGGAGAGGAUACGCUGACAGACCUCCGGAACCUGACUACCCCCGCUACAUGGACGACCCAAGACCCCCAGCUCCAGUCAGGGAAGAGAAAAAGGUGGCGAGUUUUGAUUAUGGUCAUGGGCAAGGAGGCAGCAGUCCACCACGUACUCGUACUGCUCCAGAGGUUGAGAGACCUGCUGACAGCUACGGCGACAGUGAUAUGAGAAGACCCGCUAUGAGUCCUGGUCAUUUUGAAGGUGCUCAAGCUAGGUUUGACGAACGGGAUCGUGAGAUGCAACCACCAAGGGAACAGUUCAAAGCAGGGAACUUCGAUCAGGGACCAAAAAGGUUCCUUCAAGAGCCAGGACCAAAGGGGAUCCAUCAAGAGCCAGGCCGAUUCGGCGGAGAACAGGAGAGGAUGGACAUGGAGCGGUUCGUCAGAGCUGAACAGUUUAAUCGAGGGCGCGGUCAAGAGGACAGACGAUAUGAGAGGGAGCCGGGUAACUUUGACACUGACCAGAGACAGCAGGAUAGGAAUCCGAGAUGGAGGCAGGAGGGACAACACGAACGGGAUCGAGAUGAUCGGGAUCAGGGUCGGGAUCAGGGUCGGGAUCGGCAUGGAGAGUAUGGGAAGGAUAUGGGACAUCUCGGUGAUGAGUCUAGGCAGUACAAUCUGGAGGAUUACAGAAGCGAUCCUUUUGAAUCUGAAGAAAGUCGCUUUAUGUCCACAAGCUACCCGACGACCAUACAAGGUGGUUACGACAGUCCGUACGGCGGAAAUGAUGGACCUCCCCCUCAGCAACCCCCACCGGCGUUACCUCUAAAUAUACAGCCAGCUCCACCCCCUUCUGUUCUUCCUCCUCCUCCACCCAAACCUCCAGUAGAGGAACCCAAACCGGAGACUGUCUUGAUCGAGGAUCUCCUGAAGAAUCCAGGACGGAAGAGUCGCCCCAAGAAGGUGGUGAUCAUCCUCAGAGGGCCGCCUGGUAGUGGGAAGUCGUAUGUCGCUAAACUCAUCAAGGACCUGGAGACAAAGAUGGGUGGUCAGAUGCCCCGUAUGCUGUGCCUGGAUGACUACUUCAUGACUGAAGUGGAGAGGAUGCAGACUGAUGAAGAGACUGGAAAGAGGUUGCUCUUAAAGGCUCUGGAGUAUGAGUAUGAAGCGAUGAUGGAGAUCGCGUAUCGUACCAGCUUGCUGAAGUCCUUCAAGAAGACGGUAGACGAUGGUUUCUUUGACUUCAUCAUCGUGGAUGCCAACAAUGACAAGAUGCAGUAUGUUGUACCCUUCAGGAACUACAGCAAACUCAAAGGCUUUGAGGUGUAUGUGGUAGAAAUGCUAACUGACGCUGCAACCUGCCACAAGAGGGACUCUCACAAUCGGGGCCUGCCUGAUAUCCAAAAGAUUGUGCGCUUUUAUGAGCCUCUACCUUAUGACUACACCAGGCUGGAUGUUCGCUCACUCCUUCAAGAUGAUUGCAUUGAAGAGGUGGAGAUGGAAGACUUUGAUGAGGAUGAGUCGGAGAAAGCAGACGAUAAAAGUGAUGACGAGGAGGAGGAGGAAGAGGAAUCGGGAGUUUUGGUGAAGAGUAAAUGGGAAACGGCUACAGGAGAGAGACUAGAUAAGCUGGAUGGAGUGCGUUCAUAUGGUAAGCGUCGGCAGUCGACAGAUGAAUCACAGGUCCAGAGCAUGGAAGAUUACCUUGGCAUGGCUGACUACUCACAAGACCAGUCAAAUAGAGAUCCAAAUGCCAAAAGGGUUCGUUGGGCUGACAUUGAGGAGAAGAAAGACCAAGAUAGGAAGCGUGCUGUGGGCUUCGUCGUCGGUCAGACAGCUCAGGACUGGGCCAAAAUUACUGAUGACAACUUUGCUGAGAAGGCACUCAAUCGAACAAAGUAUUUUUGAAAUGUUGACUUGAACUGACAAAAAGCUUGAGGUUUAUGAGAGGGGCGUGUCCAGAGAUGUGAUCAGAGUGGUGGUGUUGCUAGGAUAAGCCGUUUUUCUGUCUGUGUCCCGUUGAACUAUCGAUGUGUACGACCAUGGCUGCAGCACGUGGAACAGCCCAUGAGGUUGUCGUGUUAUCAUGAGUAAUCAUUGAAGAUUGGAUGAAAAGCAAUGUGGAACUUAUGUUUAAUCGUUGUCAGUGUUAUAGUUAGCCUAAUACAUAGUUAAUGGCUCACUCCACAGACUGAUUGGUUCUGUACAUAUACACUAUUUGUGUGUAAACUAAGUAUAUGUUUUUGUGAUCAAACUGCAUAUUAUUACAAUAUUAAGCAUUUUCCAAUAAUAGCUACUCUUUUAGUUGAUGUUCUGUAUUAUUAUUAUUUGUUUAUAGUUCUUAAAGCAUUUCCGGCCAGGUGAAGUUCAGCCGAUUUGCUUUGCUACAGUCACUUUUACAAAAAGAACGUCAACCAUCACUGAUUCACGUAUGGAAUGUUCAGAUACUGUCAUGUCAUCAUGAUGGAGAAUCCACUCUCAAAAGCAAGGCGAGGAGUGAUUAAGAAUGGUUUCAUGAAUGUUCUAGUGGUAGGGUGGUGCUUGAUGACAGCCUUGCUUAUAAGUGACAGUGGCUAGGAGAAUCGGGUUCAAAGUUUUACUCAAAGGAUUGGAAUAUCUUCUCGAAGUUCUUGUAAUAUGUUAACAUUGUCACGUCAACUAAGUUUUGUAAAACAAUGUUAUAGGAGAAUUAAUUCUUCUGAUAGAAAAAAAUAUAAAUCUGAAACUGUUUUUUCAAUAAGUUCUUAUUAGCAAAUUUCUCUAGAGGUAAUUGUUUAAAGAUUGUUUAUUUUGGCUCUGUGAGGGCCCAGCUUGUGUUGGGGAAGGUACAUUGUUAUAAAACAAAACAAAAAUGUAGGAAAUGUGUCGACAUCAAAUCAACACAAGAUAAGAAGUACAGCAGACUUGGUAGGGUUGCUGUGACCUCAAUGUCAUGGGACUCACUAUUUCUGAUAUUUUAUUGACUUAUUGAUAGGUUGAUCAUUUGGUUAAUCAAUCGACUGACUGAUCGAUCAAUUGAUUGAGUGAUUAGUUAAGAGUAGGUAAGUCGGUACAUUGAUACCUUAAACAAAAUUUGUUGGGAACUUCAAGGAGAAUGGCUGUAUAAAAGGCCGCUUCAUGUGUUUUCCUGCCUUGGUGCAGUGUUCAUUGUAAUGUAAUUCCUUUUGCUGUAAAUAUAUAUUAUCCCACCUCGUGUUAGUCAGUUUGUAUUAUAGGUAACAGUUUCUACCAGUGUUGUUUUUCUAAUCUGGGUGUGAUCAAGGCUUAGUGAUGAUAUAAACACCCCCACUGGACCAUCUAGAUAUAUUUUCCCUGCACUCCCUUUCAUGUCUUCCUUACAGUGUAAUUAAUUUGAUGAGGAGUGGAAAGCAACUCAAGUUACAUCAUGUGCCAUGGAAAGAUGAAAACAAACUCACAGGAUAUGAGUGCAGUAUACAGGAUGCUUAUAUGACACCUGUUUUUAUCUAUUAUACUCAGCACCCAUUGUCAUUUUACACCGAAAGGAGAGGAAAACUUUUCCUGAUAGAGGAAAUGAGACUUGGUCAAUAGACCUCGGAAAAUACUUUUCUAUAAGUGAUAAUUAUUGAUCGUGUUACGACUUCCUCAAUUAGCUGCCAAAAGUUUUGCGUAAUUGUAGUUUAGCCUUUGUAGAAUUUCUUAUAGUAUUGAUCAACAUAAACAUAGUUUGUGAAAAAUGGCAUUUUGUUUAAUAACUUUAUUUUUGAACAUUUAACAGAUUUUGUUUACUCAUUCGUGAAACAGAUGAAGCAAGUACUGUUGGUUUUGAGAGAUGGUUUGCUAGAGUGAAUUUUGUUUUGGGCGGCGGGGGGGGGGGGGGGUAGAAUCAGAAGUUCGUUCUGUUAUAAUAAUGAGGUUUUUUUGUUAUGUGUUUCAACAAGGAGCGAGAACUAGGAGCUAGUUUUCUAUCGCCAUCUUAUUUUGUUUCGGAACGUUUUUUUUAUUGUUUAAUUUUACAAUGAAAAUCAAUCAAAGCAUUGUACAUACAAUUACUAAUCACUUCGAAUUCUUUGUGUAACGGAAUGUAUGGAAGUUGUGGUUAAUUAUUUUUGACAUGAAAACCAGUUACGUCCACCACUCAAAGAUUGGGACUCGUGUAAAAGGACUGUUUCAUAAUUGAACUUGUUGUGCAGAGAUGGGUCAAGCAAAUCCAUUUUUUAAUAGGCCUAAAAUAGAUAGUGUUCUGUCCUAGUGUUUUAACUCUUUUUCGUCACUUUCUAUUAUAAAAACCAAGUUUCUAUAAUGUAUGGUGUAGUAUUACUACUCGUGCAGCUGUAUUUGUUAGUGGUGUCAUUUUUAGAGUAACCCAUACAGGCCUAAAAUGCUUAUUAGUUCAUUACACUAAAAUGCUUAUUAGUUCAGAACACAUUUGUUCCGUUAGUUUCAGAUUUGUGGUUCAAACACUUACGAUUAUGUUUUGUUUAGAUUGGCAUUUGAUUAUUUGCCAAUAAAAUUCGGACAUGGUUAAAUUAAA